AUGAAAUAUGAUGACCAAAUCAUAGAAAUGGUGUGUGUGUGCGGACACGGGAGGCUAAUCGAUCCGCCUUCCAGAUCAAGCGCCUGGAGAUUUGGCUAUAAAACUGAAAUUAAUUACAACGACAAUGAGUUGUUUUGCGGAGGAUUUACAACUCAAUGGAAAGUGAAUAAAGGAAAGUGUGGGGUAUGUGGCGAUCGAUACGAUGGCAAACGAGACAAUGAGUGGCCAAAUGGCAAAUACGCU